AGUUAUGAACUUCUGGAAAUUUGCCGAAAAUUACUCCAACUUACCGAAAGUCUCCUGCACGAUCCCUCCUGGCCUGGUACCAACUUUGAGCAAAAUGAGACUGUCUACCGUCUGGUUCACUGUCUGGAAAUGGUGAUGUCGUGGAACUUCCUUCCGGAGCAAAGUUAG